GCGCAGAUGGUUAAAGUACAGCCCAUUAAUAGUGUAUUUGAUACGCGUAAUGUAAAACAAAUUUAGGCUACUUUAACAAUUGCUACGUGAUACUUUUUUGUUUUAUAAAAUUUUGCAAAAUUUCAUAAAGCAUAUAAACAAUUACUUCAUCAAAUACAAUGUAAACAGAUGCUGUAUGAACAAUAAAACAGUAUGGGUGAACACACUAAGUUGGAUAAAUCUAUAACCGAUUCAAAUGGACUUAAAUGUGAUUAUAGAAAGGGCAUUAUUAACAUGUACAAACAACAUUUUGACGAAAAGCAUUUGAACGGCGAGAAGUCAGAGGCCGAAGAUUUGCUCGAAUCUUCCGAAACGUCCUCAAAACUGUUCGAAUCAAAGAAAACAGAAGAAUGUGUAAAAGGUCCUAACGAUGACACUAAUCGUAGAGAAAUUGCUGCCAAUGACAACGCUGUCCACCGAGAACAAAACAACAGAUCUCCGGUUUUAGCAAAUACAACAUCGUUUUCAGUUUCAGACAUUUUAGAUCCAAAAAAGUUCACAGGAUCCACGAAAAAUGGCGGGAGUAAUAGUCACAAAGCACGUGUUAUCCACCCAUGGCUUAGUAGAAAAGACAAUGAUGCUGACGAGCUUGAAGACGAAAGGUUGAGGGAAGAUUUAGAAUGUGACCUUGACUCAAGUUGUGACCAUGAUCAUCACGGAGAUGAUAUAGAUGGCGCUUGUAGUGAAGUAAGUGACAUGGACACAGCAGACGGCAACGAAAUGAAAGGAAAGUUAUCUGACUCCUCAAAACAUGGCAAACCUCGCCGGGCACGGACAGCGUUCACGUACGAACAGUUGGUAGCGUUAGAAAACAAAUUUAAAACAACACGAUAUCUCUCUGUAUGUGAGAGAUUGAACCUUGCGUUAGCAUUAAAUCUAACAGAAACUCAAGUUAAAAUUUGGUUCCAAAACAGAAGAACAAAAUGGAAGAAGCAGAAUCCUGGAAUGGAUGUUAACAGUCCAACACUUCCGCCAUCAACCGGAAGUUUGGCAUCACUGACCUCCCCUUAUUCUGGUUUAUUUUACGGACAGGCUUUGCAUCCAUAUUUGUCGGCACCACAUCUAAGUGGGGCUCUUGGAUUAUUAAAAGCACAUCCAGCAUACCUUGACCAGAAACACCCACUAUAUUAUUCAUAUCUAUCCCAGUCGAGAUAACAACAGCACUAUCAAUUCAUCCAUAAAAUGUGAAAUUUCGGAUAUAACACUAUAUUCGGAUAAGUGAUAUUAAUUAUUUUCAUGUAAAGAAACGUGUAAGAUAUGCCAAUUGCAAAAGAAAACUAACAGACAUUUAUCAAUGCCAUAUUUGUGUUUUUUCCUGUGUAUUAUUUUUGCUUUCUGAAGUUAAGAUAUCUUAGUAAUUUUGAAUAGAUAAUUUAACUUAUUCAAUAGUGUCUUCCAUUUUGCACGUGUAUAUAUCAAGAUUGUGGACUAUGUGGUUACAUUGUUUUCACUUAUAGCCUGACGCACGUGCUGUAUUAAUUUCUUCCUUGAAAUAACUACAUUUUGUUUUAUUACAUAAUACACUAUGAUUAUUUAUACUAUUUUAUCACACAGGAGAUGUAUUAUAUUAAUACCAUCUGUUUUGAAUUCAAAAUUUAACUGACUGAUGGCGUCUCGUUCGAUUUUCUUCGCCGGUAAAAUGGAAAAGAACAUGUCAUAUGAUAAUCAUUAAACCAUUAAACUGUUUAAAUUUAUUUCCUUAAUUGAUAUCAAAAUACCGUUCUAUUGGCCUUUAAGGUCGAUAAUUAAUAUUUAAAGACUUCUGUUGAAAAUGUUCUAAUGAAUCGCAAUCUAGUAAUGAAAAAUAGGCUUUUAUAAUUCAUGUAUUUUCACAAGAGUUGAUUAAUUUCAGAUAAUUUGGUUGCAAAAGACUUUUUUUGUAAGUUUGCGUUUUUAUUACGUAGGGUAACCAUUAUUAUUUUAAAAAUUGAUUUUUUAUUUGUUUAAUUCAAAGCAAGGGCUUCAAUCAUUAUUAGACAGAUGUUUUUAUUUCUUUCAAUAAAUAAAACCAUAAACAAAUCAAUAUUUAAUAGUGGAUAAAAAAAUUGAUUAAGCGACGCUCUUCAAGACUGACCUUGCACCAUCUUGUACAAAAUCUAAUGAUCUGUUUUAAAUGUCGAUCACUGCGCAUGCUCAACUUCCGGUAAACGACAUUAAGGCAAUUGGAUUUCGUUUUUUAUUAAACGGCUUAAUUUAGAAAACGAGUACCAAAAUGAUUUGUUAUUGAGAGUAUUUGUAUAUUUGUUAUUGUAACUGUUUACAAAAUUUACCAGCUGUAAAAUAUAUUUGUCUAAAACCG